GCAGGGCAGGUUGUGCCAAGUCCAAGCGCGUCAUCGUUCUGGGAUGACGUGGGUCAGGAGCCGUCCGGCACAACAUGGGCUGGAGCCUGCUGCUGGAGCCUGGAGACUGGAGCCGGACAGGACCCCGGGCAGGGCGCUGCCGCCAGAGUCGGCCGCCUACAGCGCCACCAUCGUCCUCUGACGCCAGCGACGCCGCCGACCCGGCCAGGCCGUCGCGGCCGGACCCGACGCGCUCCUGAGUCAAGUCGCGGCCUGCAGAUCAGUCAGUACGCGUCCACCCGGCGCGUCGUCCACGAGCAAAGUGUUGGUGCGUGAGAAAGAGAGAGAGAGAUUGUGACAGAAAAAGACGCAGUGCAACAAGUAGUGUCCUCGACGUCGUCCUCGACGCCAUCCUGCGCGUCGCAAUGAAGGCCACCGCCGCGCUCCUGGCCGUCGCCGUCCUCACCCUGCUGGACGGCGCCGUCCUCGCCGCCAGGCUGGCAGACACCGGUCGCGUGCUCACAAAGGAAGACGCCCGUCAGGACGGCGGCUGCGUGUCCGACCCGGGACGCCCGUCCACCGCCACCCGACGCGCCCUCAAGUGUACGCUCCGCGUACGGGUGGCCCGCGCGUCCUCCAGCGCGUCCUCGUCGUCAUCCUCGUCGUCCUCGGGAGGCCCCGGAGGCUCCGCUCAACAGAGCGCCUUCUCCACCAGCAGCACCAACCCCGGCGGCGUGUCCCACACGACGGUGUCGAAGGGACCUGGGGGCGUGUCGUCUUCGAGCUCGUCUUCUUACCCCGGUCCCGGCGGCGGCGCUCAGCCCCCUGGCAAAGGCCCUGCCUCAAGCGCCGCUCCGCACCCCGCGCCCGGCGCCGGCACUGGCGCCGCGCCCCCGGGGGGCCACGGCCCCCAGGGUGGUGCGCCUAGUGGCGGCCCCGCUCCCCAGCUGGGAGACCGUCUUGGAGCGACGGCGGGUCCGGGAGCCGCCAGUGCGGGAGCCUCCGCCGGCGGGGGUCCUAUGGGGGCCGGGGCGCCAAUGGCGGGUGGAGCCCCUAUGGGAGGGGCUCCCUUGGGCUUGCCCGGCUCGUACGGCGGUUGCAACGCAAACGGCUGCUUCAGCGGGAUCUCUUCCUCGUCCGGUGGUUUCGCCGGUCCGUCCGCCCCAGGAGCAGGAGGCGGCGGCUUCCCGUCCUACCCCGCCCCCGGUGGGGGCUAUGGCGGCGGCUACGGCGGCGGCUAUGGCGGCGGUUACGGCGGCGGCUACGGCGGCGGCCCCGGCGGCCCUGGUAGCUUCUCCGGCGCCAGCUCCGGCGGCUCGUACCCGGGCAACAUGCCCGUCGGCCCCAUGGGCGGCGUCCCCGCCGUGCCGGCCGUCCCCCCCAUGGCGCCGAUGCCCUUCGGCAUGAUGCCGCCGAUGCCGACGCAGGUGGCGGGCCAGUCCCCGGCGGACUUCGCCUCGUUCCUGCAACAGUACAUCGCCUUCCUGCAGCAGUUUGCCCAGCAGAUCCAGGCGCAGCAGGCCCAGCAGGCCGCACUCGCCCAGCAGGCGCAGCAGCAGCCGCAGUACGCCCCCAGCGGCCCCGGUCCCAGCUACACGAGCAGUAACGCCCUGGAGCCCGCCGGCGGGUGCACCGUCUGCGGCGGCCCGGGCGUGACGGGGCCCUCCGCGCCGUCGGGACCGGGUGCCUACGGCGGAGCGUCCUCGAGCGCGGGCUCGUACUCGUUCGCGGGGCCCAGCGGCGUCGGCGGUGGCGUCGGCGGCUUCCCGUCGUUCCCGGGCUUCCCCCAGGCCGGCGCUCCCGCCUUCGGCACCUACGGCACCCCCUUCAGCGCGCCGGCCCCCGGCAUGGGGCUCUACCCGGGCAUGGGGACGCCGAUGAGCGCGUCCGGCAACGGCGCCGCCAUGGCGUCCGCCAGCAUCGGGCCGCAGGGCGGCUACGGUGAAGCGACGGUCGGUGACAACGACCACCCCGAGCUCGGACAGCGCCAGGGCGGGCCCAUCGCCGCAUCCCCGGGCGGGAGCUCGUACGGCACGUUCAGCUCCGUGUCGACGGGCAGCAGCACCGUCAACGGCAAGACCACGUCGUACAAGGAGGCUGUCUCUGGUGUUAACGACAACGGCAAAAUAACCACGUUCGUCGCGCGCGAUCCGCCGAAGUAAAGUUAUUGAUCCUGAGCCGACCUUCCUCUGCUUGGGUUCUCAGUAACGUCUACCCAAAAAGCAUGUCAUUGGUCGAUUUUCUAUUUGCUGUGAUAAUACAAGGUUAACGAUGAUUAUGGUUGUGUUAAUCUGCUGAUAUAUUUAACCACGCCGUGGUAUUUGUGCACGUAUAAUGUAUGUGUAUUUAUUUUGUUUGUUAUUUUAUUUCUUAAAACGUGUGCAGAGGAUUGGCACGGCACAAAUGACACAUCAAACUACACUCUGCUGAUUUUUAAAAAUUCGAAAACUUAGACACAAAA